CAGCCGGCGCCGCCUCACAGCUGCAUCCUGUAGCACACUGACACAGAAGUUUGCUGCUCAAAGGGGAUUUUUACUCCACUUACCUUCCUCAGGAAAAUGUUUUCUGUCACAUAAGACACUUAAACUUAAAUACGACGUAGAAUUUUAUGAAUAGAAGUAAAAAAAAAAUAAUAAUGUGAAAUAGAUUUAUAAGAUGUUUUAACGUCUUCCGGAACCACAAAGUGAAACAUGGUCCCAUUAAAGAGAAGAAAAGUCGUCCCAUCACCUACUGGGAGUACUGGGACUGACUACAGCAGCGGAGAUAAUGUGAAGUUUCCUCACUUCAUUUUAUUCCUGUUGGAAAGAAAAAUGGGAGCCAGUCGAAGAAGGUUUCUGUCUCAGCUCGGAAGAAAGAAAGGAUUUCAGGUGGAGGAAAAGUUCAGUGAGAGUGUCACACACGUCAUAUCUGAGAGUAACUCGGCUGCUGAGGUCAGGGCGUGGCUCGACUCACAGGCCGCCGCUCACACACCUUCAGUUCACCUGCUGGACAUCAGCUGGUUCACAGAGAGCAUGAGAGCGGGACGUCCUGUUCACAUACUCCACGGGCAUAAACUUCAGGAGCAGCAGACGUGUGAAGCCGAGGUGUUGCUGUUCUCCGUCCCGAGCUACGCCUGUCAGCGGAGAACCACUCUGGAGAACCAGAACGCCGUCCUCACCGACGCUCUGUCUCUCCUGGCUGAAAACGCCGAGCUCAGCGACGAGGAGGGACGAGGCGUGGCGUUCCGACGGGCCGCCGCCGUGCUGAAGUCUCUCCCCGAGCCGGUGACGAGCAUGACUCAGCUCAGAGGGCUUCCCGGUCUGGGAGAUCACUCGCUCAGAGUCAUUAAAGACGUUUUGGAGAAUGGAUCUUCAAGCGAGGUUGAAUCUACAAAGCGGUCCGAGCGGUAUAAAGCGCUGAAGGUUCUAACUGGUAUUUUUGGAGUCGGGUCAAAAACGGCGGACCGAUGGAUCAGAGAGGGGAUUCACGACCUCCGACAGUUACGAGAUUCAGCGCGCACACUCAAUCGAGCGCAGCAAGCGGGUCUGGAGCACUACGACGACCUGAACCAGCCGGUCACUAAAGCAGAAGCCGACGCCAUCGGAGAGAUCGUGGAGGCAGCUGUUGUUUCUGUGUUACCUGGAGCUCAGAUGACUCUGAUUGGAGGAUUCAGGAGGGGAAAGCAGACUGGCCACGAUGUAGACUUCCUGAUCACUCACCCAGAGGAGGGCAGAGAGGUGGGACUGAUGCCUAAAGUGGUCUCCUGUUUGGAAGCACAGGGAUUCCUGUUGUACCAGAAAACCACCAGGAACUCCUACCUGGAGGCUAAGGACGGUCCCGGUCGGCCUUCGUCCAACAUGGACCGCUUCGAGAGGUGUUUCUCGAUCUUUAAACUCACCGAGGAGGAGAGGGGAGGAACGAAACGGGCGGAUACAGAGAGGGAAAGUGGCGUGCAAACUGUGAGCGGAGAUGCACAUUCAGCACAUGUAGCGGAGGAGCGAUCAAAACCUGCAGGACACAAGCGGUGGCGAGCUGUCAGAGUGGACCUGGUCGUCUCUCCGAUCAGUCAGUUUGCGUUCGCUCUGCUGGGCUGGACCGGAUCCAAACUGUUUGAGAGAGAGCUGCGACGGUGGGCGGGGCACGAGAAGUCCAUGUCCCUGAGCAGCCACGCUCUUUAUGACAGCAAACAGAGUCGGUAUCUGAGAGCGACGUCUGAGGAGGAGAUCUUCUCUCAUCUUGGUCUGGAGUUCAUUCCUCCAUCUGAGAGAAACGCCUGAGUCUACCUGAGGUGGGACGAGAAAACACCGGAACCACAAGCAGGUAAAAGGGAGGCUAACGUAGCUCACCUGGCUGAGAGGCAGACCUGCUUUUAAACACUUCAAGGGGGACGGCACUGACGACGGUGGUCCAAAGGGGCAUCACGGCUUUCCAACCACAUGUUUGAACCUUUGAAACGGAGACUUUUGGAAAUGCCGUUUUUAACCCCCUUUUAAUGUGACGAUGCCCCGGGGGGUCUUCUUUAAAUCUUCAGUCAGAAACAAAAAGAAAACAAUGCUGCAAACACUCUCGUGCUGGUUUGUUCUUUUCUUUAUUAGAAUAGAAGCUGGGACUUGCAGAGGUUUGCUUAAAAAUGCUUUUUUUUUUUAAAACGCUCUUCAUUCUAAAAAUGCCUUUUUUAAUCAAGAUGUGCGGCGUCUCUUUAAUUUUUAAAAUUUAUUUAUGGCUGUAUCUGAUUAAAAUGACUCAAAAUAAGCCUCAAAGUCAGUAAAGUAGCCGUCAUGUUCUCCCCCCCCCCCCCCCCCCCAUACAUAUAUAUUAACCUGAAAAAAAGAUUUAAAGAAUACCUCUAGAUGAAUCAAACUUAAACUGUGCAAUUAAAAAUAGAUUUAUACAAGAAAUGUACAUAACCUGUGCAGGGAUAAAAAAAUAAAAAAAAACAUGGUAUGGAACAACUUUGCGAGUGUGAGUGCGCCUUUAAUCUGUUUUUGCAUAAAAGCUGAGGUAAUCCGCUGACUCAUUUAUUAGUCAUUUGCUCUUGCGUGUCUUUUAUUUUGAAAUCGAGCUGCUGCCGGUAGACGUCGCAGUGUUCUAAGUUUUUAAAUCAAAAGCCUUUAAAUAAUACUCUGCAGUCCUCACCAGGUUUCCCCUGGUAGAAAAAAAAAUCAACCUGAACUGAUGUGAGAGAAGUUGAAUAAAAAGAAUCAAACUUUAUUUCA